CCUACGGAACAUUGUCAAUUCUGACUUAGAUGUGAAUGUGCUUGAAAAUCUUGAACCAGACAAAAAUUUGAAAAGAUUGUCCAUAGUUUCAUAUAAGGGUGCAAGCUCUGCGAAAUGGAUGGACAAUGCCGAUUUGAUCUCCAAUCUAGAGUACAUCCGUCUGGACAUGUGUUCGGAGUGGGAAACUCUUCCAUCUUUUGGGCAGCUUCCCCACCUCAAGUCACUGUAUCUUUGGAACAUGCCAAAAGCAAAGCGGCUUGAUUAUAAAUUCCAUGGAAAUGACAAGGUUUCUGUGUUUCCAUCAUUGGAGGUGCUAAGUAUGAAGGGAUUACAGGUAUUGGAAGAUUGGUUUGAUGGAGCAGGAGCAGGAGCAGGAGCAGCAGCAUAUGACUGUUUCUUUCCCUGCUUAACUGAACUCUUCCUCGAUAACUGCCCAAAUCUGCAGGAGUUGCCCUAUUUGCCUCCUAAGCUCAAGAACAUGCAUAUAGAAAGAGUUGGAUGGAAAGCUCCUUUGAACUGCAAGCAAGGCUCCAACAACUGUUGCGGCAUUUCAAAGUCCAUUCCCCUGGAAUGUUUAGAGGUCCUUUCGUGUUCAAACAUCACGUAUCUUCUUCAAGCGGAUGCAAGACUUGAAGCACUGAGAAAAUUGAGAAUUGGAGGUUGCCCCAAUCUGAUUUCUCUCGGUGGACUGCUACAAGUGGAGAGUGGCAUUGAGAAAUCCCUUCGUGAGUUGACCUUUAGAGGCCUCGAAUCCCUGCAGUUUCUCCUUCCCUCCAUGGAACGCCUCGCUUCACUUAAGAUUCUACGUGUAGGAAGAGUUCCUCAACUCCAGCAGCUUCUACACAUCCCCGCCUCCCUGGAAGAAAUACAUCUUGAAGACCUGGAAUCAUUGCAGUGCCUGCCAACGUCUUUGUCGGCCAUCUCAUCACUCAAGGAACUACGGUUAGAUAGCAUUCCACUCCUCAAAUCAUUGCCAGACCUCCCUUCCUCCUUGUGUUCACUGUCUCUAGGUAGUCUGGAUAACCUACAGUGCCUGCCAUCUUCUUUGUCGGCCAUCUCAUCCCUCGUGCUUCUAGAUUUAGAUAGCAUUCCACUCCUCAAAUCAUUGCCAGACCUCCCUUCCUCCUUGAAGUCACUGUGUCUACAUGACCUCGAUAACCUACACUGCCUGCCAUCUUCUUUGUCGGCCAUCUCAUCCCUCAAGAAACUAGAUUUGAAUCGCAUUCCACUCCUCGAAUCAUUGCCAGAACUCACUCCCUCUUUGAAUUCACUGUCUCUAUGUAGGCUUGAUAACCUACAGUGCCUGCCAUCUUCUUUGUUGGCCAUCUCAUCCCUUAACCGUCUAGAAGUUAAUAGCAUUCCACUCCUCAAAUCAUUGCCAGAACUCCCUCCCGCCUUGAAUUCACUGUCUCUAUGUAGGCUUAAUAACCUAGUGUGCCUGCCAUCUUCUUUGUCGGCCAUCUCAUCCCUCAAACGUCUAAAUUUAGACAGCAUUCCACUCCUCAAAUCAUUGCCACACCUCCCUUCCUCCUUGAAAUCAAUAAUAGUAGAAAAUUGUCAUCCAGAGUUGAAGCGUUAUAAAAAAGUUUCAGGCUCUGAUUGGCACGAGAUCGCACACCUUCCGAAUGUCCGUCUUUAUUGUUUUUAAGAGUUGUUCGUGUUUGUAAUUAAAUUAUAAAAUGAUUGUU